UAAUCCGCUACACUCAUUUUCGAGUCUUAAAAAUAUUUGAUAAUUUCUAUUUCAUCUAAAAUCAUUUCAUAGAGCAUGAAGACUGUAAGCAAUCUAACCGCUAUGGUCGUGUUAUCCGUUAUCCUUGCCACGAUUUCCUUUGCUUCAGCACAGACUUCAGUUUUGGGAUAUGUGUAUAAUCCACUUUAUCUACGCCACCACAUAAUAGAUAUUAAAAGUCGCGGCCUUACAGUAGACUAUCCUCCCGAUGAGUUGGAUUUUAAACACAUCAUGACUGGUAUAAGAGUUAUAAAUAAUGCUCAUGAUAAAAUGCCCUUUAAGGUCAGAUUUUCUGGUGGAAUUAUAAGUAUAGUACCCAAAAGGCCAAAUACAGGCAUUGAUGUGACCGUUGAAUAUUAUGGAGUAUUAGACGAAACAAAAUAAUGCACAUUGAAAUUGAAAUCAUAUGACAAAAUGGUGAACAAAAGAUGUGGAAAAUAGAAUAUCUGGAAAAUCUAAUGAAAAUAUAUUUUUUUUCCUAAGGCAAUAAAAACUAAGCCAUAAAUGCAAAAUAAAA